CGCUGACAGAGAAGCGGUGUCCUGCAGCCAGUCCGGAGCUAGCAGGCCUGGUGUUUGCUUUGUUGUGGUGACCAAUAACUUUUUUUUUUCUUCCUGUUUCUCGUAUGGCGGUCUGACGUGAAGGAGGCGAGGCGACAGCUUAUACAACAAAACUGGUCUUCCUGAUGCAGUGAAAAUGUACUCGAUAAAGUGAUAUAGUGGAAAAGGAGAUGUGGUGGAAAUGUACCAGGUAAACUGACAUGAAAGGGAGAACGAUGGCACAUGGUGAGACGAGUAUGCCACAAGGAUCUCAGGAGCCCUGUGUAUCACGGUCCUCAUGGCGCCACUGCCACUUCAACCGCCGCUGUGGCAUACGUCAUUGUUACCACUACCACUAUCACCGCCUCUGCUGCAACCACCACCACCACCACCACUAACACCAACACCAUUCCACUGUCAUCUCAAAGAAUAAGGUCGAUCCUCUGUCAGUCAGCGGAAGGCGCCAAGCUCCUCAGCCGUGGGAGUCAACCACGUCCUGGAUUUAACGAAACGUUCCCUCUACGCAGCAAAGACGGAGUGGCAGGGAUCAGAGCCAUUGUGUGAUGUAGUUUGUAUCCUGUCGUCUAUAUGAAGUGACAAUUCCUUUGUAAAUACAGAUUGAAAGCCCUUGUUUAAAACUUCACAUAUUAUAGUCCUUCAUCGACUAUACUUUGUACUACUACUACUACUACUACUACAUUUAUUUAUUUGUUUAUUUUUCAUUUGCGUAUGUACGUAUAUAAACGUUUAUUUUAUUUAUCAGUCGGUUGUCUCACAAACGAAAUGCAAUGGCUCAAAAUUAGCAAGAACUAUAUCUUUGAGCAAUAUUCAAAGCAACUAACAAACGUUAUACAGAGUAGUUAUUCUGCUUUCCUCUUGUCAUGAACAUCAUUCAAAACAACAAGAUUCUCUAGAAAUCACACCAACGCUGCUCCGGAUCAUUUGUAGUGAGAGGAACUCAACUUUAGCAUGAACAGCCCACCAAUUUAAAGACAAGUGCAGCUUUACACGCGAUGAAAACUGCCAUAAAGAAUUACUUCAUGAAGAAUAAUGGUCUUAUUUAAAUGAGUUGCUCUCAUACAGUGACCUUUGGUCAUUAUAAUGUCAGGAUGGUUUCUUUUAUUAUACAUAUAUAGAUAUAUUUUUUAUAACCUUUUACCUGAUAUAAUAUUAUCAUAUUGCUAAUCGCUCAAGUUUUAAAAGUUUCUACUCAUCACUUAUGUGCUACAUCUUUUAUAAUCUACCUUGAUAUAUUUUAAUUUUAGUUGUCAGUUGUAUAAUUUUAAAAUGACUCUAUUAAUUCUUCUUUUAGCUACAAUGUUAAUGAUAUCGUCCUCUACAGGUCUAACACUCUUCUGUGUUAUUUAUUUAGUGAAGUACAUAAUAAUUUUAUUGGUGCUUCUUUUGACCUUUCAAUUCAGUCAUAUCUUUUAAAGUAUGUUAAUGUUUAUUUGUACUUUAUAGCUUUUUUUUAUUUAUAUUGUGUUGUAUUUUAAUGUAUUUUAUUAAGAAAUGUUCUUUUUAACUACAAUAGUCUGAUAAGAAAACAAUAGCCAUUGUAUUUAAUGGAAAAAAGAGCAUCUAAAAAACUUUAUCCAAAAUCUUCCGAAAUGAUACUCCUUAACUUGCACCACACACUUAAUUAAGUUAGAGGAGAAGCCACAACAGGUAAAGGAUUAUGUCCUUCCCUCAUGUCAUUUAAUUCAGUGUGGAAAAAAAAAAAAAGUCCACCAUGAGACUUUCCUGCAGCGGCCAGUACUUCCUACUGUGGCUUUCGUUCCCCUCUCCCUGUCAUAACUUUCGUCCCCUCACAGUUAUGACAUUCUUGCGGUCCCCUUUUUCAGGGUCUUUCAUAUCCAUUUCCUCGACCUAAAUUCGCUGUAUUUUUUUCAUUUCUCGCAUCCUUUCAUUCCUUUCUGUUACUGCCCUCCGUGCCUUCUCUCCCUUUUCCCACAGUGAGAUAGGGACUCCUCACCCUCUCUCUUGUAUGACUUUCCCGCUAAUACAGGUUUUGUAAUCCUGAAUCCUUAUGGCCUGUUACGAACUUGUAGGUGUUUAUAUAUUAUAGAGUCUUCCAGCCUCUUUGACGUACCAAGCUAAAAACUCUUGUUUUUGUUCCAUCCUUGUUAAAUGACUAAAUGACACAACUCACUCAGCUUUUGCUUCCCUCUUGCGCACUAAUCGAUAAACGGCUGUCUGGGGAAAUGUGGGGAAGGCCUAAAGCUUAAUGCCACCGUGAACAUUGUCCCAAUGUGACUUAGGCUCAAGUAUUCCCUUGUGUUGGUGCUGAGGCCUGUUGUUUUUGAAGAGCAAAUAAUUUUAUGAUAGGAUCCCAGAACCAAAUGACCUGCUUGCCGACAGUCCCUUCUGCUUAAGACUGCUGUGUGAUCGAGUGUCAAAGUAAUUGUAGUUCCUGAAGUAAUAAACUCUAAACAUUAUAUUAGACAUAUUAUAUUCUAGUAGAAGGAAAGCAAUAAAAAAUGUUAUUGCAAUCCAAAGCCAAACAGUUCAGAGGAGAGGUCGACUUAAUUACAACGGCAUGCUCCUGUUUAGUCAAUGUGUUCUAUUUUCAGGACAGAGUGUUGAAAUUUGCAUACAACCCUUUUGUAAGAUUGCUUUAAUUGUAUCCUUAACACCAAGCUGGACAUUUCCUGUUUGUUAGCAAUGAAUUUCCAUUCUAAGUAUUGUCUUAUCGGGUGUGAAUGGAAACCUUUGUAUUAAGACGUAUCUUUCGCUGUACAGUGGCAAUGCUCAACAAGAUUGCUUCAUGGGCGUGGUAGCGGUGACCGCGUAGAUCAAAGAGAAGCUACACUGUGCCGAGACUCACGAUAGGGAGGUGAGGCAGGCAGAUGACUUAUUGGAAUCUCCAGCAGUAACAUGUAACAACAAACUCGCUGGAUGGCAAUAACCUGUCUGCUGAAGACCUGAUGCCUUCUUGCCGUACACUGGGCCUGCAAGGCGCUUUCCACAUCCCUUCGGUUCCUGCCGUUGAUGGGAGAGGGACAGCUUACCCUACGAUUAACUGAAUGCAUUCUCUGUAUGGA